AUGAAACACCUCGGUCACAGCAUUACCACGGAGAUGAAAUUUUUCAGUGAAACCAUCUCUGCGCAGAUCAAGGUCCUCAAUACAAGCAUGGAGUCGAGAAUGGACAAAUUUGAGAAUCGAUUUUUGUUUCGAAUGCUCUUCGCUGCAUUUGGUGUGGUGAUUAUUGGAGUGGGUGGUACCGUCACUGCUGCAAUCCUACGAUACCAGACUCCUACCGCUCAGACUCCUACUGUCCAAACUCCAGCCGUUCAGACGGCUCAGGCUCCUACUGUUAAAUAA